UCUGGCCCCCUCCCGCGAUGCCUCUGCAGGUUAGCGAUUACAGCUGGCAGCAGACGCGGCAUGCAGUCUUUCUUUCUGUGCCCCUCCGAGGCGUCUGCGUAAGAGAUACGGACGUGUUUUGCACUGAAAACUAUCUGAAGGUCAAUUAUCCUCCAUUUUUAUUUGAAGUGUUUUUAUAUGCGCCCAUUGACGAUGCUACCAGCAAAGCCAAAAUUGGGAAUGAUGCUGUUUGCUUCACCUUGUAUAAAAAAGAAGCGGCCAUUUGGGAGUCCCUUUCUCUGUCAGGUGUUGACAAAGAAAUGAUGCAAAGAAUAAGGGAAAAGUCUGUUUUACAAGCACAAGAGACAGCGAAAGAGGCUGCGGAAGCAAAAGCUGCAGCAAGGCGGGAAGAUCAAAAAUAUGCACUGAAUUUUAUGAUGAAGAUUGAAGAAGAAGAAAGGAAAAAGAUAGAAGAUAUGAAAGAAAAUGAACGGGUAAAAGCAACUAAAGAAUUGGAAGCCUGGAAAGAACAUCAAAGAAAAGCUGAAGAACAAAAAAAAAUACAGAGAGAAGUGAAAUUAAAUCAACAAGAAAAGCACAUUGAAGAAGAAAGAAAAAAAUUACGACAUAAAAAAAGUCUUGAUAGAAACUUGGCAUCUACAAAUCUUGCCACAAAAGGGAGAAAUUCAGAAAAUAUGUUUUUUGAUAAAUUAAAUGAAGACAGUGUUCCUGCUCCUCGCUCUGUUGGCAAUAUUAAAAUCAGCUUUACCCCUCGAGUAUUCCCAACUGCUCUCCGAGAAUCACAAGUAGCAGAAGAAGAGGAGUGGCUACAUAAACAAGCAGAAGCACGAAGAACAAUGAAUACUGAUAUUCCUGAACUUUGUGAUUUAAAAGAAGAGGAAAAGAACCCAGAAUGGUUGAAGGACAAAGGAAACAAACUGUUUGCAACAGAAAACUAUUUGGCAGCUAUUAAUGCAUACAACUUAGCCAUAAGACUAAAUAAUAAGAUGCCUUUGUUGUACUUGAAUCGGGCUGCUUGCCACCUAAAAAUAAAAAACUUACACAAGGCCAUCGAAGAUUCUUCUAAGGCACUGGAAUUACUGACACCACCUGUUGCAGGCAAUGCUAAUGCAAGAAUGAAGGCACACGUACGACGUGGAACAGCAUUCUGUCAACUAGAAUUGUAUGUAGAAGAUGUUCCAUUCAUCUUCCCUUCACUCAAGACCUACCCUUGAUGAUGCCUUAUCGGAGAAUGGGCACCACAAUGACUACAGGAUUAUGAAGCUGCACUUAAGAUUGACCCAUCCAACAAAAUUGUACAAAAUGAUGCUGAGAAGAUUCGGAAUAUAGUUCAAGGAACAGAACUAAAAUCUUAAUGACUACCAGAGACAACUAGGUAUUGUUUUAAGUGUUACAAAAAUAAUUGGAGAUGUUAGGAAUCUAUACAUAAUAUGGCUGAUUGGGCAGAAUUACUUUCUGUUUAGUAUUCUAGUUCUGUAAAGAGCAAAAUAUUACAAAUCUGUAGAAAAUGUGAUGUUUGAUUUGAAUGGUUUCUGAAUAAGAAAACCAAAAUAAGAAUAAAUUAUUUUGAUUAUUUGUUUCUUUAUAUUAAUACAUAGUUUAAUUACACAUUUUUUUUCUCACUGAAUUGAGUUUACCCUUGUAACCAACAAAGUAUUUGUUAGUGUGAUGGGUACCAGAACACUUACUGAUUAAUUUUUAACAAGAUAGAAUUUUAAAAUAGAAGAUCAUGUUUAUAAAGCAUUUUGGUUUGUAUUAAAUAUAUGAUUUAAUUGUCUGAUAGGUACUAGUAGGUUUCUGCUUUUUUUACAAAAAGCAUAGAACCUUGUUUUUAUAAAAAAUAUUUUUCUACCUUCUGUUGAUUAUGGUUAGACCAGCACAGUCGAGUAGAACAACUGUUUGGAAACCUUUAUUGUCAACUCUACUUAUAGGUAGUGUUUCUCCAAAACAUUGAUCAAUUGAUCAUAUUUUGUAGCACUAUCUGGUGAAGAUAAGUUUUCUAGUUUAUUUUCUAAUACUUUCAAAUAAACUAGGGCAAAAGGGGGAGGUGUUAAUUUAGGAUAUUAUGGUAUGGGCAUUGGAUUGCACCACCUUUUGGUUAUAUCACUUUGUAAUGAAGCAAGCAUGCUUUAAACACCACAGUACAGGUUCUCUUUUGCAUGUAGUAGUUGUCACAACUCACUUUUUAUAUUUAGAUGAUCUUUAGUAAAAUAAAACUUAGGAUGAGUUUUUAUAGUAAUAUUAUUUUAUCAUCUGAUGUUGUCAUUCAAGUGAAUCAUAAAACAGCCCCAUUCAGUUUUGUGUGUGUUUUUUUUAAUUGCAAUUCCUUUUUGAAUGUGUAAGAGAGUGGUAUAGUUCAGCAACCUUGAAACUUCUACUUCUAUAAGGCAACUUUUGAUAACUUCUCUAGCAGUCCAACCCAGUUAUCAGAAUUUAUGUUGAGGCAGGAUUAUUUUUCUUUUAAUCAGCCCUGGUUAAUAAAAAAAAACAAAAAUGUACCUAACAUAAAGAUGGGCUUCUCUGUGGCAAAACACCAGUUUGACAUUCAAAAAAACCUUGAAAGCAAAUUUAAUUAUUCUUGAAUUCCCUAACCCAUACAUCAAAAGGGAAUUCUGUUUAAGAAAGAAAUACUCUUCAAUCCUUAAAAGCAAGCAGCUGAUCAAAAACAUCUCCAGAAGCCUCUCAGGCAUUUUUCUCAUUCUGGUCUUACUUUUUUGAGCUGGCAGUUUCAUUCCUUUCUAAGGUUAAUUAAUCUGGUCUUUCCUCAAUUUCUCUUAAUUACCAUCCCAAUCUGUAAAGAAAAGAGUGCUCUCAAAAGCUGCCCUAUGGGCAAAGGAUCUUUCCUUAUGAGGAGGUAGAAGAAAGGAAAGUAUUAAGUAGUUGUAUAUGUUAAUAUAUUUGUCCCUAUCCUCUAAUUAAAAUAUUUGUGUAAAUACAACAGACACUCAUUUAUGUUUAGGAAGUAUUUGACUUCUUUUGAUUUCAGCAGUCCUCUAUGGUCUGCAAGGGACUUUUGUUUUAGGAUUAAGUGGCGAUAGAUAUGUUAAAAUAUUGAUGUAGACUUGCCCAUUUCCUUUUUGAUAAACACAUGCUUCCCAAAAUAGUGUUGCUAUUAAAGCCUAUGAAUAAAAGAUAAGAAAAAUUGUGGUAGCCUUUUGAUUUUUUUUCAUAAUGCCAAUUUAAUUAUUUGAUGGAAAUUAAUUUCUAUUAAAUAUAGUAGUUACAGAAAUAUAAACUGGAGAGACCUUUACUCCCCCAUUACUGUGUGGUUACUAUACAUAGAUAUACCAUGUACACAUUUGUUAAAGAAAACUUUUCAGACAAAUUUAAUUAUGAAAAAAAAAGUUAUAUCAUCAUAGUAAAUUCAAAGGAAAGACCCCUAGCUAGCCAAUUUUAGUAGUGGAUGCUUUACAUGACUAGGAAAUAGAUAACAUUGUUAGAUUAGAUUAAAAGCAAGAAUAUUUCCUUGCAGGUCACUAGCCUCUUGGCUGACAGUCACUUAAGAAAGUCACCUGGGGUGGAUGGGUAGCUAGUUUCCCCAAUCCAGCCUUUAUCUCAUUAAAUUGUUUAAGCAUUUUGUCAGAAAUGCUCAUUUCUUCUUUUCUUCCCAGAAGAACUGUGAAUUACAUCAUGCAAAAAAGUUUUGUCCCACACCAGGUUUGGCAUAAUUUUUCUUUUACACAUUUUGGCUCUUUACUGACAGAGGUUAAGGUGUUAAUUCUAAUAAAUAAAUAUUGUCCAGUAGUUCAGUGGAAAGACAUAUGUUCAUGUAAGUAUACCAUGUGCUGGUUCCCUAGCAAGUGGAGUACUUUCCAUUAAGUCUCAUCCAUAUAGGCAAUAAGGGCAAAGGAUUUUACAUACCCUCUGGGGAAAAGGUUAGUAGGUGAUCUCCCAAGAAGCCUGACAACACGGAGUGUCUUUCAUUACCUUAUAAAGUUGAUCUGGCUCAGUCUCACUGCAUAGAAAUCUGAUUGUGUCACUAUCCAUAUUUUACUUUCCAAAAGUAGAUCCAUCUCUAAGGACCAAGUACACAUUAGAAGCUCAGGAGAUUGAAUAAAACAGAAUGCCUAUUUAUUAAUUCAUAAUCAGAAAUUCAGUGAGAAUGACCCUUGGUACUAUAGGUUAUAUGACAUCUCAUUUUUUCCUUGUAGGCAGAUAAAUAUGGGAAAUUAAAUUAUAAAAGUUCUUCAACAAACAUGAAAUCAAAACAAAGAAUUAGUUUGAUGAAUAGAAUGUUUCAUGACAUUAUGUGUACAAUUCUGUACAACAGGCUUCCUCUCCUAUAAAGUUUAGAUAAUUCCCUUUGUUUACAAGCCUCGAGGCUUACCUCACUGUAAUUAUCAUGUACUAACAAUGAAACAAAGUUUCUUCUUCUGUCAUGAUUAGGUUACCAAUGUCUUCUCUUUGUCCACAAUCUUUGAAAUGUAUUUGUGCUUUUCAAAAUGUUUUGAAGGUUUAUGACCCUCAAACCAUCUCUCUCAAGAUAUUCUCUUCAAGGAACUUAUUUUUGACAGUACUUUAAACAUAUUUCAUUUUAGCCUUUUUAAUGACCCAAAUAAAACUGAUUUUUGGUAAAUGAGCUAAUAAGUGUAAACUGAUCAGUACAGUACCUAACCCCUAAAACUAUUUUGUCAAAUACAUUAAUUACUUUCUUGAUGGGUGAAUGGUUAAUUUCAUGUGUUAACUUGGCUAGGUAAUAGUGUUCAGUGGUUUGGUCAAGUAAGCACUUGCCUGAUUGUUAUUUUGAAGGUAUUUCACAGACAGAUUUAAGUCAUUAGGACAUUGAUUACUUGCAUAGAUGAUUACAUCUACAAUCAACAAAGGAGACUGCCUUGAGCAAUGAGAAGAGUAGCCUCAUCCAAUCAGUUGGAGGCCUCAAAGCACGAACUGAGGAUUUUAGGAGUCAGAGGAAGAAUUUCUGUCUACUUCUGCCAGCCAGGCUCUCCUGAGGAAUUCACUUUUAUCUUCAUCAGAGUUCCCAACUUGUGGCCUGCCCUGUGGAAUUUGGAUUUGCCGAUCCCCACUGUUGUGUGAACUAAUUCCUAUAAAUAAUUAUUUUAGUAUUUAUAUAUACAUCCUGUUGGUUCUGUUUCUCUGGAGAACCCUGACUGAUAUAAUGGGCUAAAAUUGUAUUUCUGAUAAUCUUUUGGUUUAUACCUAAAAGUGAGGGAAAGUACCUAAAUAAAUUGGUAAAAUAUG